CAAAAUUGACAUUUCAGUUUUGUUUUGAUUGGUUUUAGUAAUUUACGUAAAUUAAUGUGAAAUUUACAUUUGUGAUAUAAUACAUGGCGUGUAUGUUAAGAAGUGUGAUAAAAUCUACUUUGCAAGGAAGGCAAACUGCGUCUAGAUGUGUGAAAGCAGUUAUUCAUAAUGCAGCGGCUAGCAACGCUAUAGCCAAUAUCAAUGACAGUAAAGUCGAAACAAAACCAAAGCUAUUACUUAGUGACUCUUGCAUAAAACGUUUACGUGAAAUUUGCCAAGAUGGUUCAUUUCUGCGUAUUACUGUGGAAGGUGGUGGGUGCUCUGGUUUUCAAUACAAAUUUGAUCUAGACACCAAGAUACAAGAAGACGACCUCCAAUUUGGGGAGGAGAAGGCAAAAGUUGUUAUCGAUAAUGUAUCGUUGGAGUACUGUACUGGCGCUACGGUUGAUUAUCACAUUGAACUAAUACGUUCAGGUUUUAGAAUGAUGGCAAAUCCGCAGGCGGAACAGGGUUGCUCCUGUGGAGCUUCCUUCUCAAUAAAAUUAGACUAAGAAAUUGUAGGCUUACAUUAUACAAGAAGACGACCUCCAAUUUGGGGAGGAGAAAGCAAAAGUUGUUAUCGAUAAUGUAUCGUUGGAGUACUGUACUGGCGCUACG